ACAAGUUCUAAAAUUUAAUUAAUAGGUUGCUUUUGUAUGUCAAAUGGAAUUAUUCAAGUUCAUUUUUUUUUUUUAUAGAAAAAAAGAAAACCAUAUACAGAGCUAUCAUGUAUUGACUGUUGUAGUAUUUUAAAGUUGCAUUUGCCUCUAGAUCUGUUCACAACAUUGACUUUUUCAUAAAGAAAUAUGUGUGUGGCCAUGAGCCAUAUAUAAAGGAUUCGGACAAUUCUAUCAAGUACCAAUGUUUUCAUUAAUUGCUUCUGGGUUAUUUUAGCUGAGCAAGAAGAUAUGAAGAUCUUUAACUCUUUCUCUUCUCUUCUGUUUCUCUUCUCCGUUCUUUCUUCUUUUCAGAGUCCAGUACAUGCUGCUAAGAAGUCUUAUGUGGUCUACUUGGGGAGAAAUUCUCAUGGAUCUGAACCUUCUUCUACAUUGGACGACAGUGGAAUCACAAACUCCUAUUAUGAAUUAUUGGGUUCCUGCAUGAAAAGCAAGGAGAAGGCAAAAGAAGCAAUAUUCUAUUCGUACACGAGUUAUAUCAAUGGCUUUGCUGCAACACUUGAAGAUGAAGAAGUUGAUGAAAUCGCAAAGCGCCCAGAAGUUGUAUCAGUUUUUCCUAACGAAGAAAAUGAACUGCAUACUACAAGGUCAUGGGAGUUUCUUGGCCUAGAAAGAAAUGGACAUAUUCCACCUGAUUCUAUCUGGCCAAAGGCAAGAUUUGGUGAAGAUAUCAUUAUUGGAAAUCUUGACACUGGUAUCUGGCCAGAGUCCGAAAGCUUUAAUGAUGAUGGGAUGGGACCUAUUCCAUCAAAGUGGAAAGGACACUGUGAUACAAAUGACGGUGUUAAAUGCAACAGGAAAUUGAUUGGUGCAAGAUAUUUCAACAAGGGCUUUGAAGCAGCAACAGGCAUCAGUCUUAAUUCAACAUUCAACACUGCUCGAGAUAAAGAUGGUCAUGGCACUCACACACUUGCUACAGCAGGCGGUCGGUUUGUUUCAGGUGCAAACUUUUUAGGCUCAGCCAAUGGAACUGUUAAGGGAGGGUCGCCUAACGCACGAGUUGCUGCAUAUAAAGUUUGCUGGCCAUCUUGCUUUGAUGCUGAUAUAUUGGCUGCCUUUGAUGCUGCUAUUCAUGAUGGUGUUGAUAUCCUGUCCAUUUCGCUUGGAAGUCGUCCUCGCCAUUACUAUAAUCAUGGCAUUUCAAUUGGAUCUUUCCAUGCUGUUAGAAAUGGGAUUCUUGUUGUUUGCUCAGCUGGAAAUUCUGGCCCUAUAAUUACUGCUUCCAAUGUAGCACCCUGGAUUCUUACAGUUGCCGCUAGUACGAUUGAUCGCAGUUUUCCUUCUGAUGUCACUCUGGGAUCCAGAAAGAUAUAUAAGGGACUGAGUUACAAUACCAAUAGCUUGCCUGCUAAGAAGUAUUACCCGUUGAUUUAUUCUGGGAAUGCUAAAGCUGCCAAUGCUUCUGUUAGCCAUGCACGAUUCUGCGUCCCUGGAUCACUUGAACCAACCAAGAUGAAAGGGAAAAUUGUGUACUGUGAACGCGGUCUGAUCCCAGAUCUUCAGAAGAGCUGGGUGGUUGCGCAGGCCGGUGGUGUGGGGAUGAUCCUUGCUAAUCAGUUCCCAACUGAGAAUAUCAGUCCUCAAGCCCAUUUUCUUCCUACAUCAGUUGUCUCUGCAGACGAUGGUCUAUCCAUUUUGGCUUAUAUCUAUAGUACAAAGUCACCAGUAGGUUAUAUAAGUGGGGGAACAGAAGUUGGAGAAGUUGCUGCACCCAUCAUGGCUUCAUUUUCAGCCCCAGGACCUAAUGCCAUCAAUUCGGAAAUCCUUAAGCCUGAUAUCACUGCACCUGGAGUCAACAUUUUAGCUGCUUACACAGAAGCAUCAGGACCAUCUUCUCUGCCCGUAGACAACCGACAUCUUCCAUUCAAUAUAAUUUCUGGAACUUCAAUGUCCUGUCCCCAUGUUUCUGGCAUUGCUGGUCUUCUUAAAAGUGUGCAUCCUGACUGGAGUCCUGCUGCUAUUAAAUCUGCAAUCAUGACCACAGCAAGAACUAGAAGUAAUAUCAGACUACCAAUCUUCACUGAUUCACUUGAUUUGGCAAGCCCAUUCAACUACGGUUCAGGACAUAUCUGGCCAAGCCGGGCAAUGGACCCAGGAUUGGUUUAUGAUUUAAGCUACAAGGAUUACCUGAACUUCUUGUGCUCCAUUGGCUAUAACAAAACUCAAAUGUCAGCAUUUGUUGAUAGGUCAUUCAACUGCCGAUCAAACAAGACUAGCGUGUUGAACUUCAACUAUCCAUCGAUCACAGUGCCUCAUCUCUUAGGCAAUGUCACAGUGACUAGAACUCUAAAGAAUGUAGGAACUCCAGGCGUAUACACAGUUCGGGUCGAUGCGCCUGAAGGAAUAUCAGUUAAGGUCGAACCAAUGAGCUUGAAAUUCAACAAGGUAAAUGAAAAGAAAAGUUUCAGAGUGACACUCGAGGCCAAAAUAAUUGAGAGUGGCUUCUAUGCUUUUGGGGGGCUGGUAUGGUCAGAUGGGGUGCACAACGUAAGGAGUCCUCUAGUGGUAAAGCAAGCAGAAGCAAAAUUAAGUUGAUUUGCUGUGCGUCGCUUGAGAUCCACAAAUUUAUUCAAUUUUUUUCAUUCAUGAAUAUUAAUUAAGCCAAUGGCAGAUUAUUUGUUAA